AUGAUUGGGUCUGAGGCAAACCCUGUAGAGGUGGUGUUGCCCCUCCAGCAGUUUCUGGAUCCCCUCACCCUCAGUGCGGCGAGUGUCCGUGUUCGCUGUCCGUACUGUAAUCGUACGUGGGAUGGGUGGUUGUGUUGGGAUGAUGCUCCUGCCAAAUCGAUGGUCAUGCAGCAAUGCCCUGAUUACUUCCAGGACUUUGACCACUCGGAAAAGGCAACCAAGAUCUGUGCUGAAAAUGGCUUGUGGUUUCGACACCCACAAAGCAAUCGAACGUGGACUAACUACACCCAAUGUACAGCCUACACCAGGGAAAAGCACAAGUCAGUAUGGAACCUGUAUUAUUUGGCCAUUACGGGUCAUGGAAUCUCCAUCGUGUGCUUACUGCUUUCUCUUUGUAUAUUCUUCUACUUCAAGAGUCUCAGCUGCCAGAGGAUCUCGCUGCACAAAAGCCUCUUCAUAUCGUACAUCCUCAACUCCAUAGUUACCAUCAUUUGGCUGACAGCAGUGGCCAAUGACCAGGAACUCGUCGCUCGAAACCCUGUUGCCUGUAAGGUGUUACUCUUCAUUCACUUGUACUUGACGGGAUGCAAUUACUUCUGGAUGCUUUGUGAGGGGAUCUACCUGCACACGCUCAUCAUCGUGGCUGUGUUUGUGGAGGAGCAGCAAUUGUUCUGGUACUACAUGCUCGGAUGGGGGUUCCCAUUGGUUCCUGCCACCAUACACGUAGUUGCCCGGAGCAAAUACUUCAACGACAAUUGCUGGAUCAGUUCAAACACUCACCUCCUGUACAUUGUUCAUGGCCCAAUCUGUGCUGCUUUACUGGUCAAUCUGUUCUUUCUGCUCAACAUUGUUCGAGUUCUUAUCACCAAGCUGAGGGUGACUCACCAGGCACAGUCCGAAGCCUACAUGAAGGUUGUCCGAGCAACACUGAUCCUUGUCCCACUAUUGGGGAUACAGUUUGUUCUGUUUCCAUCUAAGCCUGAAGGGCGUCUGAUAGGAGAGAUUUAUGAUCACGUGAUGCACAUCUUUAUGCAUUAUCAGGGCAUACUGGUGACAACAAUAUUCUGCUUCUUCAACAGAGAGGUUCAAAGUGCGUUUAAGAGGCAGUGGUCCAAGUACAAGGUCCAGUACAGCCACCAGUUGAUGAACACAGAGGGCUCUCACUCCAAUGUGACAUCCUUGACAGAGCUCACCCGAUAUUCCCCCACGCAGACCACCAAUAACAACCACACCAACGGCAAGAGCUGCUCUGAGAUUGUGCCACUGAAAGUACCAGGCAUUCCCAUCUGAGGGACACUCUCUUAUUGAGGUCAUUAAUGAAUCCUGUCAUUUCAAUGCCAAUGUGUCCUUUGGUGCCUUAGCAAACCUUUCUUCAACUUCUUCCUAUCAACAGUGAUUUACUUGGACUCUACAGGUUGUGAUGGAAAUUUACAGAGCAAGAACCUAGGGUGGCCAACGGUGAUUAAACGCAUUCCUGGAGCAUUCAUCACAUGAUUUUUAAAACUUCCUUCAAUAUCUGCAAUAUAGAGAAAGAAAAACGAGCAUUUCCUUUAUAUAGCGCCUUAUCCUGUGUCUCAGGAAUCUCUCUGUGCUCUCGUUACAAGGAAUUUGAGGUGUAGUCUUAUGUCACUAAUAUAUAUGUAGAUAUUUCUGGAGCACACAGCUGGUUCCCUCUCUCCACCCCCCCCUCCCCCCCCCCAUCACCCCAAGAAUGAAACUCUGUGACUCAUUCAUUGUGAGAUUUUCUGAACAGUUUGACAAACAUUGUCCAGGAAUAAAGGCCUUAGGAUUGGAAUUUCAGAAGUCACGAAAGCAUUUCAACAAUGAUUUACAUUUCUUCCGGACUUUUCACAUAGAAGUGAAACAUUGCAAGCCACUUUCUUUCAUUGCUGGAUAUCUCUGUGACACCCUGGGGAACUUUGUGACGGAAGUGGUCUUGACAUCUCCUGGCUUGUGGAGUGGGGUCUGGACGAGAGCCAGUUACACACGAGACAGGGCAAAAAAUAGUGCAUUUCUAUAGUGCCUUCCAAGGCCUCAGGACAGCUCAAUAUGUCAAUGUACUUUAGAACUGUUCUUUAGUGGGGAAAUGUGACAGCUUGCUUUGCGUUUUGAAUAAUUUCCAUUUAAUUGUCUCUGGUUCCAGUAAACAGUGAUCCUUCAUUUAACACGCUAUUCCUAGGAAUGCACAGGUCAGCUAGAGAUACCAGUUGAAUUGGGACCUUUAUUUAAAGGAUUAUUUACUCCAGCCUCUCUGUAUCUUUUAACAAAUUGACUCUGGGGAUUUCUGCUCACCACCUAGAAUUUUUCUAUUAAGAAACAAAUGCUGUGUCUAAAGUUUACCUGAUAUGUUUCUGCCCCUUCCUCUCAGGGUGUGACUUCUUGUCAAAUUAUGCGCAUAUUUGGGAGGCCUGGUCAGAUCCUGGUUGUUUGCUUGUGCCUCUGUUCUGGAAAAUUCUCUGCAAUAUUCAAGAGUUUUCCCCUGGAUUUCAGAGGUGAGAAAUCAGACAAUAUGGAAUCUGGGGGACUGUAAAUGGGGCACUGAGUGUUAGUUCAAAGCAGCAAUUUAGUCACCUCUCCCUGGGUUCUGAUUCUGGCUUUUUACUCACUUGAUAUAAAUCAGCAGUUGGGGGGGAGUUUAUUGUCAUUUAAAUGCCACUGUCACUUGCAUCCCCGGCAUUCUGCAAUGUUCCACCAAAAACUUUUACUUGUUAACCAUUUCUCAAUCUUGUAGUCCCUCAGCAGUUGGUGGGUCUGUUUGUGAAACUGUAAGAGAUUACAAUAAUCCAUGGAUUAUUGCUGGCUAUAACAGUGAUGACUCUGCUCUUAGUGACAUCACCAAAAAGACAGGAAGCUACACAGUCGGAAGAGCCCAGGUUUAACUGCUCUCAGCUGGGGCUUGGGGAGUUAGAAUUGCUUAAGUGCCUCUGGGUUAAGAAGAGAGAAAAAGCAACCAGGGUUCCAGCACUUUGUGCCAUCCAUGCAUUUGAAGACGUUGGGCAAACAUCAGGCUUCAGCUAUGAUGAUGCCCCCCCAAGGUCAAAUGACCCGAACGCACUCAUUUCUUAAGCUCAUUCAUGAAGGAUAGUCACCAAGAAAGGCAACAGUUAACUUAUUCAAGACAAGUGGGGAGAAAAUAAAAUUAAAUAUUUCACUCCCAGCCCCCGCUUCAGUUCCUGCUCAACCUCUGUAACCAGUUACGAGGUGAGGUUAUAUAGCAGACAUUUUAUUUACUUUAUAUUGCCUCUCCUCAUUCUUUCAACUUUAGACCUGUGUUAAAUUGCAUCUACCAACCUGUCCAUUUUACCAAUUUAUCUAUGUCCUCCUGAAGUCUGUCGCUGUCCUCAUUGUUUAUUACAGCUCUGAAUUUUGUAUCAUCAGGAACCUUUGAAACAAUGCCCUGUAUACCUAAGUCCAGGUCAUUUAUAUCAAAAAGAGCAGUGGUCCUAACACUAGUCCCUUGGGAACACCAAUGCAUACUUCCUGCCUCACUUUCCUCCUUAAAAACACCCCUUAAAACUACUUCCUUUGACCACGCUUUUGGUCAUCUGGUCUGAUAUCUCCUCGUGGCUCAGUGUCAUAUUUUGUUUUAUAAUGUCACUUGGGAUGCUUCAUUAUGUUAGAGGUGCUAUAUAAAUAUGAUUUGUUUCCAAGAGUUUUGUGUUCCCUUUUAUGUUAGUCACAAAUGUAUUUGCAUAAUCUCUCUUUGCCCCUCACUCCCUUUUUUAAAUUUCCUUUGUACUUCCUAUAUUUAACUUGGUUCUCGACCAUAUUAUGAACCUUUAUAAUAAUAAGCCUCCUUUUCCUGUCUCAUUUUAAUCUGUAUCUUCCGUCACCCAGGGAGCUCCAGUUAUAAGUACCCUUCCUUUUCCCAUAAUGGGACUGUGUCUGUUACUGAACCAUCUCUUUGAAGGCCUCCCAUUGUUUAAUUAGUUAUUUGCCUACCCAUUUUUGAUUCUAAUCCACCUGGCGCAAAUCCCAUUUCAACACACUGUAGUUAAACUGCCUCCAGUUAAGUAUUUUUUUGCUCCAAUGUUCCUUGUUCUUUUUUGUAACUAUUCUAAACCUGAUGAUAUUAUGAUCACUGUUUCCCAAAUGCUCUCCCACUGAAACAUACUCCACUUCAUUCCCAGAACUAGAUCCAGCAAUGCUUCCUUCCUCAUUAGGCUGGAGACACACUGAAUAGGAAAUUUCUAUUGUACAUAGUUCAGGAAUUAUUCCCCCCUUUGUCCUCUACACUCUUACUAUUCCAGUCUGCAUUAAGAUAGUUGAAGUCCUCUAUUAGCACUACUCUGUAGUUCUUGUAUCUGUCAGUAAUUUCCCUGCAAAUUUACAAUAUUAUGCCUGCAGCACAAGACCUCUUUUAUUGUUCCUUAAUUCUGACCAAAUAGAUUUUGUCUUUGAACCCUCAACUACAUCAUCCUUCUCCAGUGUUAGGGAACACAAUUGAAGAAUAAGAGGUCUUCAUUUUAAGAUGGAGAGGAGAAAUUUUCUCUCGGAGGGAAUUCUCUUCCCUAGAGAGCAGUGGAGGCUGGGUCACUGAAUUUAUUCAAGACAAUGUUAGAUUUUCGAUAGACAAGGGAGUCAAGGGUUAGGGGAUCACAUGGCAAAGUGGAGUUGAGACCACAAUCAGAUCAGCCAUGAUCUCGAUUGGUUGAGCUGGCUCAAAGAGACAAGUGGUCUACUCCUGCUCCUUAGUUUUAUGUCCCUACGUUAUGAUAGUUUAUUUCAUCAAUACAGUCACUGUCCCCUGGCUUUUUUUCCUAUCUCUCCCCCGAGUACUUUGUACUCGGGAUUAUUAAGUUCCCAAUCCUUUCUUUGAACAAGGUCUCUAUUAUUGCCACUAUAUAUCUCCAUAUGGUGACUCAUGCCUGCAGCUCAUCCACCUUAGCUGCCAUUUCCAUUAUAUCCAAACACAUGUACUCCAAACCCAUUUAACUGCUUCACAUUUGCCUCCUAUCUGAUCCCUCCUAUUUCUGAACUAUUUGUUACUCGAGUACUAUUUGUCUCCCCCAGUUCUCUGUGCCCCUUAUUUCUCCUCUCUAAUCUUUCAUCUUGGUGUCCACCCCAACCUUCCCCGCCUACCACCCCACAAAAUGAGUUCAAAACCUCCCCUCAUGGAAUUUAUCCUUGAAAUGAGACAAAUUCAGCGACAAGCUACUCCUGAGUAAAUAGCAUUCUCAAAACUCAUGGUCUGUUCUCUAAUAAUCAAUUGUCAUGAAUACAUUAUGCUCUUGUUGAUUUACAACAUACUGCUGCUUCUUGUAUAAGCUUUUAAACAUAUCUAACAAUAAAAAAAAAGAAUAUUCACCCAAA